CUUUGGAAAAGUUCAAAAAAGUGUAUUUUGUGCUAAUUUUCAGGCAACUAUGAAAUGUUUUUUACCAAUUUGUGAACGCGAUGACUCCGUGUCAUUGCACAGAUUUCCCACCGAUCCGGCUGUACGUCAACAGUGGAUAAUUUCCAUAAACGAAGCACUGCGUGGUGAAGUAUCGGAAAUGUGUCCCAAUUAUGAAAAUGGGCGAGUUUGUUCCAAGCAUUUCAAGCCGGAAUGUUUCUCCCUAUUCGGAACUAGGACCAGAUUGCAGCAUACGGCUGUUCCAACCUUAUUCCAGGACCACGAUGGAAAUUUUCUCGAUACUGAGCCAAUCAAGAAUAAGAAAUACACCGCAUCUCUUUUAGAUUCCAGGAAACCCGCUCGCAAUUCCGCUAAUGCUAGUCAACCAUCUAAGGUUUCUUACAAAUCGCAUUCACAGCAAACGAGGGACAGUCUUUUAGUUCCUACUCCUGUGCCAGUACCGGAGAAUUUGCGCGCAGCCUGCCGGUUAUGUUUCGCCCCCGGUUCUUUUGAACCGCUUUAUUCCGGAAUGAUUGUUGUACGUGAAGAAAUGCUUGACCGGAUUUACCUGUGCACAGGCGUUCUCAUCGUGCCGAAGUCAAAGGAAUCAGCUUUCAUUUGUGCAGACUGUGAACGAACGAUUAAAACAUUUUUUAGCUUUCGGCAGCAAGUGUAUAGCAAUAAUUUGGCCUACCUUGAGAAAAAAGGGUUGGAUGAAUUAAAUGCCAAGAAGGUCACAUUUAAAGCAAAUAGAUUUGCUCAAAAACGUCACGUCGAUAAUACUUCAGAAGAGGUUCGUUUUAAAAUCAAGACUAAGGUCAAUAAUCUUGAACCAUUUCGGAUUGAGCUUUUUGAGAAGGAUUCCGUACCGAGGCCAGCUCCCGAAUUGAUACCAAACCCGCUCGAUUUGGAGCUGGAAAUCAAAUCGGAUCCAGAGGAUAUAGUCGAAGCCGAUCCGAUACAGCUAAAUAUGACAGUUGAAUGUGAUAAAGAAUCGUCGGUGAUUUCCGAGGAACUGCCGGAAGAACUGCCCGAGCAGGAAAACUGGAUCUGCAAACGCUGUGGUCAAACAUUUCCAUUCAAGUUCGAAUGCGCUAAACAUUUGCUGCAAAAACAUCUGGAAAAAGUCGAAUCCAUCAAGGUUCAGCUGGACCUAGAUGAACUAAACACCAACAUGCUGGAGAUGAUGAGUGUUCGGCUAUGACAGUGUUAAACGGUUUAAUGAACGAAACGACCCAGUCGAUAAAAAGGCCCAUUUCGGUGUGUAAUAUUUAUCGAAAGAAAAGUCAUGUCCACAAUCUGCUAAUAAUUCCUAUUAGUAAACACCUAAAUAAAAUUAGUAGUUAUUAACUGUACACCAUUUGUGGCCAUUGCGCUUUUU